UGCCGGUCUCCCAUAAGUCUGACCACUCGAGGAUAAGGGGCAAGAGUUCCUUCUGUGAGAAAUAGAGAGAUAGAGAGAGUAGGAGAUAGAGCCAGAGACUAAGAGAGAGGGGGAUACAUGUGAGAGUGAGAGAAAGAGAGAGAGAAGCAGAAGGAAAAGGAGAGAGAGUGAUAGACAGUGUGAGUAAGUGUAAGAGAGGGUGAAUACGGAGAGAGAGCGAGAGGGAGAGGGAGAGAGAGAGAGCAUUGUGUGCUAUUGUGUGUAUCGUCUGGCAGAGCCAUGAGUGGAUGUCCAUACUUCCAGAAGAGAGAUGUUCUGUUUCAGAGCCGCCAGCAGCAACAGGAGGAGGGGGAGAGGGACGACUCUCAGGAUGGGAUCAACAAGGCCAGCAGAGGAGGGAUCAUCUACGGAGACUACCUGCAGCUGGAUAAGAUCGUCACUGCCCAGACUCUCCAGAGUGAGCUGAAAGGCGACAAGAUUCACGAUGAGCAUCUGUUCAUUGUCACACACCAAGCAUAUGAGCUGUGGUUUAAGCAGAUCUUGUGGGAGCUGGACUCAGUGAGGGAUAUCUUCAUUAGCGGCCAUGUGCGGGAUGAGCGGAACAUGUUAAAGGUGACCACCCGUGCCCACAGGAUCGUCAUGAUCUUCAGACUCCUGGUCGACCAGUUCGCUGUUCUGGAGACCAUGACAGCUUUGGACUUCUUUGACUUCAGGGAGUACUUGUCCCCAGCCUCUGGCUUCCAGAGCUUGCAGUUCCGUCUCCUGGAGAACAAGAUUGGGGUUCCGGAUAACCAGCGGGUUCCUUACAACCGGCGCCACUACCGGGACAACUUCCGUGGGGAGGAAAGCCAAGUGCUGCUCAGCUCUGAGGAGGAACCCACACUACUGCAGCUAGUGGAGCAAUGGCUAGAACGCACCCCCGGUCUGGAGGAGAACGGCUUCAACUUCUGGGGAAAGCUGGAGGCCAACAUCGCUAUUGGGCUCAGGAGCCAGAGGGAGAAACUAGAGAUGAAGCCGGCGUCGGAGGACAAGGAUGACCAGAUAGCCGAGUUCAACAAGCAGAGGGAAGUGCUGGAGUCCCUGUUUGAUGUGAAACGACAUGACCACCUCGUGAGUAAAGGUGAGAGACGGCUGUCAUAUAAAGCUUUGCAGGGAGCUCUGAUGAUCUACUUCUACAGAGAGGAGCCUCGUUUCCAGGUGCCCUUCCAGCUGCUGACGUCGCUGAUGGACAUUGACACCCUCAUGACCAAGUGGAGAUACAACCAUGUGUGCAUGGUCCACCGGAUGAUUGGCAGCAAGGCUGGAACAGGUGGCUCUUCAGGGUACCACUACCUGCGUUCCACCGUUAGUGACCGGUACAAGGUGUUUGUGGACCUGUUCAACCUGGCCACCUUCCUGGUGCCGCGCCACUGGGUGCCCAAGCUCAACCCCACGGAGCACACCUUCCUCUUCACCGCCGACACCUGCUGCGACAGCUCCUACUGCAGCAGCAACAGCGACGACUCCGACUAGAGACAGCGCGCCAAUGCAGGAGGCAAGAGGACAGAGUGCAGUGAAGACAGGGAGAGAGAGAAACAGAAAGAAAGAGAGAGAGGGAUGAAUCAGACAAGAGAGAUGAUUAUGGGUGAAGGUCAAAGAUAAAGAGCCAAGAGGGGGCAGGUAAAAGGAGAAUGGGGGGGAGGUAAAGGGUGGAGGGUGGUAAGAGGCAGGGGGAGAGUAUCAUAACAUGCACUGUAUAAAAGUGAAAGAGUAUAACAUGUAGAGUAUGCUGAACAAUAGUUUGUAGAUCAAGCAGCAGGCCACCAUAACGAUGCUGCAGCAGGCCACCAUAACGAUGCUGCAGCAGGUCACCAUAACGAUGCUGCAGCAGGCCACAAUAACGAUGCUGCAACAGGUCACCAUAACGAUGCUGCAGCAGGCCACCAUAACGAUGCUGCAGCAGGCCACCAUAACGAUGCUGCAGCAGGCCACCAUAACGAUGCUGCAACGGGUCACCAUAACGAUGCUGCAACGGGUCACCAUUACGAUGCUGCAAUGGGUCACCAUAACUAUGCUGCAACAGGUCACCAUAACUAUGCUGCAACAGGUCACCAUAACGAUGCUGCAACAGGUCACCAUAACGAUGCUGCAACGGGUCACCAUUACGAUGCUGCAACGGGUCACCAUAACUAUGCUGCAACAGGUCACCAUAACGAUGCUGCAACAGGUCACCAUAACGAUGCUCUUCACAUACGUUGAUGCUGCUCGCUGCGCGGCCUAAUCAUUUAAAACUGCUUGCACUGAAUACUUCAGCAAAGUGAUGUAUGUACAUAAUAGUCCAAACUAAAUAUCCAAAGAUAAUGGGGUAACAAAACAUACUUCAGAGAACUAACCUAUAUUUCACCAGUUUAUUUUGGGCCGUUUAACAUUUCUUCUGCAAAGCCUUCAUCAGAGCAUGUACAUAGUGUUGAUAUGAUGAAAUUAUCAAAUGCCUGUUCAUAGAAAUGUGAUUAUCAAUAGUGACGUGCGUGCUGAUUUGCUCCGUCAUGAUCAGUAGGUGCUUUUUGUAAGAAAUAUAUAUUGCUGUUGUGUCUUCAUUAAAAUAUCAUGACUUUGAA